UGCGCUCUUCUCUUUGGUUCGAACCUCCACCGGCUGGGCGGCCGCGGGCGGGCGGAGCGGUGGGCCAGUUCCGGCCUCCUGCUUUCCGUUGCGUUAGGGUCGCUCCGGAGGGCCUCUGCUGUUGCACCUCAGGGGCUGCAUUCCGAAGACGACGCCUUCCAGAGCGUAGGGACCAGGCCGAGUGGACCUGCGCACGUCCCGCGCCACUCUCCCCCAGGCCCGGCGCCCCCACUUGGAUUCCAGGGCUCACUCACGCCUAGCACAGGCCUGCCUCUGUCUUCCCUUUUCUUUUCCCGGCCAAAAUAAGUUUUUCUUCCCCACAGUUGUGUCCAGUGACCUCAUAGCUACAGAAAGUUUCUGAUGAGCCUAUCCCAACAUUCAGAAAUGGGGCUCUGGAAACUGGGAGUCCUGGAGAGCCAUCCUUAGCGCUCCGGGUCGCGGGCUCCUGCGUUCCUUCGUCCUCUCCAAAGUUGAGGAGCCCCUUCCUGUCUCCUCAAACUCACUACCGUCCUAGGUGCCAUGGCACCCAAGCCGUGGGUUGAGUGGAGCAUGGCCCUGUCCCACCUGGCACUGGGAGUGGUGUCUCUUCAUGCAGCUUUGAGCACUGCCCAGGCAAGUCGAGGUGCUGCUGCUGGUUUCCUGCUCCAGGCGUUGGCUGCUGCCACCAUGCUGGCCUCAGGGCAGGGCACAGAUGAAGACUGUCUUACUGGAGCCUGGGUGGCCACUGUCAUUGGCCUGCCCCUUCUGGCCUUCGAUUUCCACUGGGUGAAUGGGGACCGCUCCUCUGCAAACCUGCUCUUGGGAGGAGGCAUGGUGCUGGCGGUGGCUGGUGACCACCUUGGCACAGAGGGCCGUUCUGUGGCUGGUCAGGCGGUGGUGCUCGUAGUGGCAGUAACCAUUCUCAUUGUGGCCGUUUUCACGACCAACACUUAUGGAAUGUGGGGGGGUUUGAUGCUGGGUGCUGCAGGCCUCCUGAGUCGGCUAGAGCAGGACAGACUGCUGUUGCUGCCGAGGGAGGACAUCUGUCGCUGGGUCCUGGCUGCAGGGAACUGGGCCUACCAUCGGGCCUUGCACACACAGCGCCUGCAGUGGGAGUGACAUUUGGAGACUGCAAGGCAGGUGACUGGGUUACCACUUCCCCUCCUGAAGCCUCCUUCCCUAGAGAUAGAUCUCCUUUUUCCCAAAGUGGGCUUGCUGCAGGAUGACUGGUCAGGGGUAGAGUCUGGGCACUGUCCUUCCUCUGGUGGAGUAUGGGGACCUGCCUAGACCAGAAUGAAGGGGGUGGGGUUCAGGUACAUUUUGAAGCCUGGUACUGGGCAGGCCAUGGUUGUGGAUCCAGAUAGAGGCUUGGUCUCCAAUAAACCUUAGGGAUUAAGCAAGA